ACAACAGCGAAGAGCAUCAUCGUUGUAAACAUAGUGGGGAGCAAGUCGCAUGGAGCGUUUGGACGUAGUCGCGGAUUAAAUUCCAGUCGAAGAAGGAUCUCGGCACGAGGUGUCUCGAGAGUAGUGUGUUCUUCCUUGCGAGUGCGUUCCGUCUGUGCUGUUUACAUUCACCAUUUGGACGGAAGGAAGUAAGGAUCAGCAGGACGACAGGGAACCAAUCAUCACGAUCGCGCCGACCGAAGAAAGGACGACCCGACAUCGCGAUGUAAUUUGCAUCCCGAAACCGAAAGACCUACAGGCAAGAUGAUGAGGCUGUUUAAGCGGCGAUGCUCGGACCCCAAUCCACAACUAGUGAGCCUGUCGCCCUUAUCGGACAGUACCGACAUGACUUCCUCGAUGUCUUCGGCGAGGGAUGUGUCUCCCGUCUCCAAAUCUAGUCUUGCCACUUGGAGCAAAAGGGUUGGCGAGAAAUGGGACAAGUUGAAACGCAGCGACUCCUCGGAGAUCCUUACGAAUACGCGCAAGCACCAUUCUCCGAAGACCAACAGCAAUCCGGUAUCGCCCGUAGCUCAGGACAAGAGGAUAUCUCGCGUGGAAUCGCUGCGAAAUCUUUUUGUCCGUGGCGAUAAGUAUUCGGAUACUGAAACGGAUCAAAAGAGCGACAACGAGUCACCAUCGCAUGGCCGAUUCUUCGCGAGGGAAUCAGGCAAGCGAACCUUACGCAACAAGAAGAAGACCAAAUCUACUGCUGAUGAUCUGAAGCUUACCGAGCAACAGCUCAUGGACUAUCUAUCCUUGAUGCAGCCGAACAAGCAGGAACUCCAGGACAUGCUCAACGAUUUGAAUACCGAAGUUAUGCGACCACCCAACAAAUCCCGAAAGCUGUCUAUCUUGAACGAGGAAAGGAACACACCGAAGCAGGGGAGGAAGUUUAUUAAAAACAUAUUCUCCAUACGAUCGUCAUCGAAGUCCGAUGACGAGGGUGACGUCAAGUUCGCGAAGCGAACAUCCGCGACAAGCCUUACGUCUUUGAACGAUGUCAUACUCACCUCACGGAAAACACUAUCACUGUCCGAAAUUUCUUCAGUACUGACUUCUAUGCUCAUUAAGUCGGACGAGAGCGGUUACGGUAGUGACUCAACGCGUACAGGCAUGGAUUCUCCAAGAGGUUCUAUAAAGUCGCAAGUGAGCGAAAACUCCAAACCUACACCGGAUAAAAGACCAACUGCUGAAAGAAGCAUGACUUUGAACGAAACCACCCCGACACGAAAUACCCAUUACGACGACGACACCGACACCGCAGAAGAGGAUUACGAUGACAAGGAGGAUAUUAAAUAUUCUACUAUUAAAAAGCGGCGUCCGGUGACUAGAGCUUCUGCUCGCCUAAAGCGACCUAGGUCGAAGAGCGGUGAGUUCGAACCUACAUUGUCAAGAAAACGUAGCAACCUAUUAUUUGGUAACUCUGAAACUACCUCGAUGGAUACGUCUAAAUCCAGUGCGCGAAGCGACGUUCGUUUGGAUGAAGUUACACAUUCAUUCACUGACAUGUUGAACAAGUUAACUAUCGAUUACAAAAGUCCAUCGACGGCUUACCCAACAUCUACUCUAAAGUCAAAAGACAUCGUACGCAAGCCACUUCUUGAGAAGGAAUACAAAUGCGUUCGCUUAAGGCUGACUAACCCAUACGAUAUAGGAAUAGUGAUUGCUCCGAAAACCCCUACAGACCCUUUGACAACCUACGUAGUUACCGAAAUCAGGCCGUCCUCCGCCGCCGAGAAGAACGGCAAUAUUUUUAUAGGCGAUGAAGUUGUUAAGGUCAACGGAACUCGCCUACGAGGAUCUACGUUUUUCGUGGCCUGUGCGUCCAUGGUACCAAAGGAUGGCGAACUGGAGAUCGUCAUAUCGCGAUUUAAAGCGGUCAAAUCGAAAACCACUAGCUGUAGCUCAUCCCCCGCACACUCCAGCAGUUAUGUGUCAUUGCUUAAUAAGUACAAGGCGCCAGCUUCCGAUGACCAUCCUGACUUCGGCCAAACAAACGCCAGCAACAAAUACAGCCUUCCGAAAAGUUUUAGCGGAGGCCCCAAGGAGACUGUGGUCUCAUUCUCCAAUGAGAACGUGUUCAAGAAGCCUCUGGAGGUGAACGCUGAGAGACCGAUCACUGGCAUGAAAAAGUUCUCUCACUCCCAGGGGGCUGAUACUUUUACCACCAGAAGAAGUAGCAUCGCUGUGGCCAUACCGCAAAACAUCCUAAGGAGAAAUUCUCAUAGAUUUUUGAAUGUCUCGUUCAGGAAGGGUCCGGGGAUGAAGUCUCUUGGAUUCUCUAUAGUAGGCGGUAUUGACUCUCCCCGCGGCGCUAUCGGUAUUUACGUCAAAUCUAUCUUCCAGCAAGGACAGGCCGCUGAAAAUGGCAUACUCAAAGAAGGUGACGAGAUUAUUUCGGUGAACGGCAAUUCUUUACAAUCCCUGACGCACAACGAAGCCAUAUCGUUAUUCAAGAAUAUAAAAUCCGGUGAAGUUUUCAUAGAAAUCGCCAGACGAGAGAAUUACCAAAGAAGGGAUGUUAAAUCGAGGUCUUGCGACGCAUUGGACAAAUUUGACUGAUCACACAGCAAAGUUAAACACAUACAAAAAAAAUAUAUUUACGAAUAAAAACAACGAGUGAAGGGUUUCACAGUCUCUUUUAAUAUUUAUUGACAAAACACUAAACCAUAAGAUCAUUUAAAAAGGAAACAAAUCUCGUGCAAUAUUUAUUAUACAUGUAUAGUCUAACAAAAUUUGUGAUAU